GGCGGAGCGGCGGAGACGAGGCGGAGAGGAGGAGGAGGAGGAGGUGGAUGACUAUGGGGUAAGUGGCUGCGGGUGUGGGUGUGGGUUGGGGAGUUUUGGGAUUUCGCCCUGUCUCAUUACAGCAUUUACGGCUACUCGCUCGAUUACGAACAUUUGCAUCUUCGUACCUCUCUCACCUCAUCCCCUCCUUCCCGCCGCUUCCCGCCGCGUUACUGCAACCCCACGCCACACCAAUCUCCCCCCCCCUCACCCCAACAUGUUUGACUAUACGCAAUCCUGGAAUCCAGCCUAAUGCGGAAUAUGUAUCCCCAUUAAUCCCCUCCUUCCCCUAUCACAUCACACAUUGGAAUUUCUUUUUCCCCCAGGCCCUGAACGGUGAGGGCGAGGAGGACGAGGACGAGGAGGAGGUUCACGUCAUCGGCGGCGACCAGUUCACGCCGGAGGAGAUUGCGGAGGCGGAGAGGCGGUUUGAGGAGACGUACGGCAAGCCAUUGAGUGGUACGGCAGCCGCAGAAACAGGAGCGGAGGGGCCAGGCGGAUCUAGCAGCCAGACAACAGCAACAACAACAACAACAACAGCAGCAGCAGCAGGAGGAGAGGGAGGAGGUCCCGGUCCGGUGCAUGUGCUGCCGCUGUACGCCAUGCUGCCGCAGAGCGCGCAGGCGAGGGUGUUUGCGCCGCAGCCGGCGGGGCACCGACUGAUCAUUGUGGCCACCAAUGUGGCAGAGACGUCUCUCACCAUCCCAGGCAUCCGCUACGUGGUGGAUGCGGGGCGCAGCAAACAGCGGCUUCUAGAGGACGCCUCCGCAGAGGCCGGAGGCGGCGGUGCAGGCGGCCAGGUAGCUCGUUACGAGGUGCGGUGGAUCAGCAAGGCCGCAGCGGCGCAGCGGGCGGGUCGCGCGGGUCGCACCUGCCCCGGCCACACCUACCGGCUGUUCAGUUCCGCGCACUUUAACGACACCUUCCCCGACCACUCGCCGCCUGAGAUCGUGAACACCAGCUUGGAGGGGGUGGUGCUGGUGAUGAAGAGUAUGGGGGUGGACAAGGUUCACAACUUCCCCUUCCCCACGCCGCCCGACCCCGCUGCGCUGCUGGCCGCCCACCGCUGCCUGGAGGCGCUUGGGGCGCUGGAGCCGGAGGUCUCGGCAGGGGGAGGUGCAGGUGGAGGAGGCGGAGGGCGGCUGACGGAGGUGGGGCGAGCCAUGGCGGCAUUCCCCAUCAGCCCCCGACAUGCGCGGAUGCUGCUGGAGGUGCUCAAAUGGCACAAGUCCCUGCACGGGGACGCAGCUGCCCCAGCCGCCGGCGGCGACGACCUUGAAGACGGCGGCGUCAGCGGCGGCGGCGGCAACAGCGGCGGCGCGCUUGCCGUACCAGAUCAGGUUGUACGGCGGGCGGGUCGCGCCUUGCCGUACGCCCUCGCUCUGGCGGCCGCCGUCAGCGUGGAGAGCCCCUUCAUCCACAUCGACACGGUGGGAGGCGGGGACGACGACAAAGACACGGACCCGGAUCAGGACGAGCGGGGCAACAAGGAUGACGAGGACGGUGAGGGAGGCCACAACAAGAAGAACGGGCACAGCAAGAGGGGUGCCCGGCCUGACAAGAAGGGCCAGCGGAGGAAGAAGAGCAAGGGCAUGGGUCAGGAUGAAGCAGAGGAGGAGGAGGAGGAGGAGGAGGAGGAGGAUGGCGAGGACGAAGCUGGCCGUGCGGGUCCAGGACCGGGCAGUGUCCGGUCCGCUGUUGCAGCCGCCGCCGCACGAGAGGCCGCCCGGCGCCGCCGCCAGCACGCCGCCUCCAUGCAAGCCCGCUUCCGGCACCCGCAUUCCGACGCGCUGUCCGCCCUGGCCGCGCUGGUUGCCUUUGAGGCUAGUGGCGAGAGCGAGGAGUUCGCGACCUCUCACUUCCUGCAUGGGCGAAAUUUGCGGGAGGCGGCGGACCUGCACCGGCAGCUCAUUCGGCUGUUGGCCACACAGCAAGCCAACUCAGCGGGGGCAGGAGGGGGUGGUGGGGGUUCUGGUGGUAGUGGUUUAGCGGAUGAGCUAGCGGCUGUGGCUCGUGAGUUGGCAGCGGGUAUGGUCCUGCCCUCUGGCCCUUCCUCGGCCGCUGUUGCGGGGAAAGGCAGCGCAGCGGGUCUUGGUGGUGCGGGUGGGGGAGGUGCAGGCGGAGGAGGUGGAGGAGGUGCCGACGUGUCGUUUUGGCUUCCGGAGCGGGUUGCGGGGGUGCUGCGGCGGGCGCUGGCGGCUGGGUGGGCCGACCAGGUGGCGCGGCGGGUGCGCAGCGCGGAGUACCUGGCGCAGCUGGGGGAGAGCAGGCGCAAGCGCCACGCGGUGCGCUACCAGCCCGCCUGCGCCGCCGCCGAGACCGGUGUGUUCCUGCACCCCCGCUCCUCGCUGCAUGGGGACGCGCCCGAGCUGCUGGUGUAUGCACAGCUGCUGCGGACCGACAAGCGGACCUACAUGGCAGGGCUGACUGCGAUUGAGCCCGAGUGGUUAUCCGAGUGCGGCACGCCCCUCUGCAGGCUGUCCGCCACCCCGCUCCCCGAGCCGCCCGCCACCUACCGCCCGCCCCCCCUGGACUCUGUGGUCUGCUGGCGGGAGGCGCGAUACGGGCUGCACGGCUGGCCGCUGCCGCCCGUCAUGGGGGCGCACCCGGAGGCGAGGGAGCGGGCGGCGGGGUUCGCUGCGGCGCUGCUGGAGGGGCGGGUGGCGCCGUGCAUGACAGAGCUGCGACCGCACCUGAUGGCGGCUCCCUCCAUGUUACUCCGUCCGGAGCUACGCGGGGUGGUGCGGGUGGGCGAGCUGCUAUCCGCACUCACACGAGCCAAAGUGGACUCGGCUGCCUCUCUGAGGGCAGCAUGGGCGGCCCAACCCGCGCUGCUGCAGCGGGAGGUGGCGGCGUGGCUGCCCAAAACACAGCACGCGACGUUGAUGCGGAUGUGGCCGGUGGUGGCACAGCAAGUACGGCAG